GGAAAUGGACUAUCACGAGACUGACCCAUGAAGGGCCUAGAAGCAGCCUCUGAGUAAAUGAAAGCAACAUGAAAAAUGGCUUUUAGUGUAAAGAGCCACAUGGUCCUAGUGGGGACAAGGGCCUAGAAAUCUAUGGCACAUGGAGGCUGGGGUCUGAAGUGAUGGCUCGGGCAAAGGCCAAGAAACAGACUGAAAGGUGUGCCAUCUUCUGAGGAGCAGUGGGUGAGGAAGAGAGGGCUGGAGUGGUGGAGGAGAAGCCAGGAGGUGAAGAAAUGGAAGCAGUGGAGGAAAACAAAGUGGUAAAUUAGGUCAAAGUCAAGGGAGGUCCCUGGUCCCUGAAUGUGGCUCUCCACAUGAGCUCCGUGGAGGCCAGCCAGCCAGAAACGGACACGAAUGCUCAGGCUGACAGAGCCAUACUGCAGGUGGAGCACAAAUUGGGGAAGGUAUGGCAACACUACCUAGAGCAGAGGAACUACAUCAUUCAGAAUAUCCCCAGCUUCUGGGUCAGGGCCUUUUGGAACCACCCACAGCUGUCCACCCUGAUUAGAGGCCAAGAAGCAUAAAUGUUUAAGUACAUAACCAAUAUGGAGGUGAAGGGCUUCAGAUACCCUAGGAUGGGCUGCAAGUUCAAGUUUUUCUUUCUAAGAAACCCAUAGUGCAGAAACAAGCUCACUGUCGAGGAAUAUGAGGUUAGAACUCCCAGCCAAGUGAUGUGUCUUGCCACCCAAUCAAGACGUCAUAAGAAUCAAGACGUCAUCUGCAGCUUCAUUGCCUGGUUUUCAGACCACAACCUCCCAGAGUCUGACAGAAUUGCUGAGAUUAUCAAAGAGGACCUCUGGCCAAAUCCACUUGAAUACUACCUAUUGCAUGAAAGAGCCCGUAAAGCUAGACUUGGCCAGAUAAGGAAGCCAGUAGAGAUCUCCUUGAGUUCCAAAGUGGUUAACCUCACCCUUGAAAAUACUCCCAUACAAGAUCCCCUACCAUUUCCUGCUGGACCUGUGCUUUGUCAACAGCACUGGAAAUACAAUUUGAAUAACUUGGUCUCGUCAGAGGCUGAAGACUUCAGAGAUUGUCGUCUUCAUGGGAAAAUUACCUACAAAAAAUUUGUGGCCCUGAUUAUCUUGACAAUUUACCCUGGUAACAACCUAGCAAAUGAUAGAUCGCUUUUCCUAAACAGCAAAAAUACUUGUGAGAUUGCUCUUGGACAUUCUGAUGUAGCAGAUUUGACAGCGGUUUUGUCUGGGGCAUGUUUGGAUGGAGCCAAGAGCAAAGUGGACAGUUAUGAGAGGUUCCCUACACAUAUGUACCCUUAUUGCCUGUACCAGGCAGAUGCUCCCACUGCCCUGCCUGGUGCCAAGCUGCUUGUCCCUGUCCCCACCACACCCCCAGACUCCAUCCACAGGCAGCCUUCUUUUCACCAUGCAGUUCUCAGUUCAGAUGUCACCUCCAUGAAAACCUCUUCCCUGGCCAUCCCAUCUGAGGCAGGGAAACCACCACUACUCCUUUCACAGCAUUUACUACUAUCUGAAAACAUCUAG